CGUUUUGAACUUUCUCAAGAGCUAACUUUAAAUUGAAUAUUUUUUUUAUACUUGAAAAAAUUUAAAAAGUAACUUCAAAAUGCCAAACGUAAUAAGUGCUGAUUGGAAGCUUCAAAUGUCGUCAUUUGCACGACAAACAAUCAAUCCACACCGACUAAUGGUUGAGACUUCAAAAGUCUUUCCGAAUCCAGAGAAAAAAGUCAUUACACUUCAACUAGGGGACCCGACAAUUGGAAAUUUUUCUCACCCUCCAGAAGCAGUCGAAGCUAUUCACAACGCAUUGAAUAAAGAUACAUUUUCAUACUACCCAACAAAUGGAAUACAGGAAGCACGCGAAGCUGUUGCCGACUACGUUUAUAAAAAUGAUGGAACUUUAAUAGAUGCUGAUGAUGUAAUUAUUACCAGUGGUGGUUCAAGCUCAUUAGAAUUGUGCUUCUUUCUUCUUGCAAAUCCCGGUGAAAAUAUUUUAAUUCCAACGCCAAGCUUUAAUUAUAAGACAUGGCUACAUGGACCUAAUAUAGUAUCAAAAACUUACAAGCUUGAUCCAACGAAACAAUGGGAGAUCGAUUUGGAUCAUCUUGAAUCACAAAUUGACAGCAAGACUAAAGCAAUUCUGGUUAAUAAUGUUGGAAAUCCAUGUGGAAAUAGUUUGAGUAAAAAUAAUAUUCUUGAAGUUAUUGCUAUUGCCGAAAGAUAUCGCCUUCCAAUAAUAUCCGAUGAUAUUUAUGAACAUUUUGUUUUUCCUGGUGUGCAAUAUUAUUCAGUUGCUGGUUUAUCUAAGAAUGUACCUGUUUUGAGCUGCUCAGGGCUCACAAAGAGAUUCAUCAUGCCAGGAAUCAGACUUGGAUGGAUUGUCAUUCAUGAUCGUAGUAAUGCUUUUAAGGAAAUUCGUAGAGGAUUCACUCAACUUCUUGGGAGAAAUUUCGGACCUAAUUGCAGCAUUCAAAAAGCAUUACCAGGAAUUUUAAAAAACACACCACAGACAUUCUUUGAUGAUACUGUCAGUCGGGUUCAAAAGCUUGCGCUCACUGCCUUUAAUUUAGUAAAGGAUAUCAGGGGAUUAGUUCCAAUUGAACCAAAUGGAGCUUUUUACAUGAUGGUAAAGAUUGAACUUGAACAUUUUCCAAAAUUUAAGAACGACAUCGAAUUUGUGGAAGCAUUGACUGAGGAACAAAGUGUUAAAGCAUUUCCAGGUCCAUGCUUUGAUUUUCCUGGAUAUUUCAGGUUUGUGCUUACUGUUCCAAUGGAUAAAUUAAUUGAAGCUUGCGAGAGAAUCAAAGAAUUCUGUGCAGAUCACUUUAUAGACGAGAAUGAAUGUCAAAAACUGAUAAUUGAAGUUCCAGAGAAGCAAGAGGUCAGUAACAUGAAAAUGGUAGAAAUCACAGUAACAUAAACCAAUAUAUUGGUCAUAAAUUAAGCACUCCAUAAAUUAAGUCUGAAAAAAGUAAUCAAAACUUUAAUUAAAAGUACCUUUAUAUAUAAUUAAGCUAUAAAAAACGUUUAUAGACCUAUAAUUAAACUGAAAAAUAAAAGAAUUUAAUAAAAUAAAGUGAUACUAAAUAAUAAAGAUAAAAAUACUUUUCGC